AUGAGCAAUGUUAAUCCGAACCCGGAAAGGGUACUGGCAAUCCCUGUGAAGAAGAGUGAUCCGGUGGAUCUGUACAGGCCGUUACGCCAGUUCGUAGCCACAAAAUAUUCAGAGAGCGAUGCACAGAAAGUGGAAAGCGUUCUCGAAACCCUAAACAAAUGCCGCAGGGACAUGGUGGAGCGAGGGGACCUCUCCCUUCCUAUGCAACGUGACUGCCUCAUCCACUACUUCAAAUGUCUCUGCAUGGUUGAGCCACUCUUCACCGCUAUCCCCUCCGACGCCGACUCCGAGUCCGACUCCGACCCGAUCAUCUUUGUCUGGUACGACGCCUUCAACCCUAAGCAUGAUAAUGGUGUCUCCUUGCAGCGCAACAGCAUCCAAUUGGAGAAGGCUGCUGUUCUCUUCAACCUUGGCGCCAUACACAGCCAGAUUGGGGCCUCUUGCGACCGCACCACCGCCCUUGGCCGUCACCUUGCAAUGGAAGCCUUCAAUGCUUCCGCCAAAUUCUUCUACAAACUCUGGCAGUAUUUUUCCAAGGACGUCUCCGCCACUCUCGACUUGACUGUCCUCUUCGCCGAGAGUCUGCACUGGCUCUUGUCCGCUCAGGCUGAGGAUCUCAAAUUACAGCAACGACUCCACCACAACAACACAAAUGACGACGCCAGUUCUAAUCUCGAACAACACAAUGUUUCUAAGCUUUAUCGGGCGGCAUGUGAUCUGAUACUAUGUGAUUCCGUUGCAACCGCACUUGUCGUCUCAUUUGACGAAACCUGGAUAACUCAUCUUUCGCUGAAGGUGAAAUUCUUUGAGGUGGAGCCUCGUCGGAGGCGAUCAUCCAUCCUACCCAAAUCCGAGCGACUCCCAUUGUUCCAGUUUCGUCCUCUUGAUGAUAAUGCAGAGUCUUAUCACUGA